CUUACGUCUGCUUAUAUUUAAAAAAUAUUUCCAGUAUUUGUUCUACCUAUGCAUACAUAUUCGAGAAAUUAAGUAAAAUGCGAUCCUCUAUUUUUCGAAAGUUCUUAUUUUCCAUAUUCACCAUAAUAAGUGGCACUUUUCUUGUUCUUUUGUUAAAAGGUCAAAGCAAUUCAUUAUUAAUUUUAACAGGGGAUGACAUCUUGUUGACUCCAGAAACGCAUCAAUUUAGCUUUUUGGUGCAAGAGGAAAUCUCUCAGCCACAUUUCCAACAACUAUAAGACGGGUUAUUCACAUUUUCAGCAUUUUAUGCAAGGAAUGACAAUUGCACCAAGAUUUUAGGAGUUGCAGCAUUAACUCAAUAUCCCAAUGUCUCCUGCACUUUUAUCAACUCCAGUGAUGGUACCAAUUUACAAAAUAGCUCAGGAAGUGUACAAAUAUUCAAGCAAGAAGUCAUGAAAAGCAAUCUGUUUCGGCCCGUCUGGAUAUAUUGCUGCCCAUUGGAAGGGGCACGCUCAAGUUUUGAAAAGACACCAAAGAUCGAUAUCCUGCUGAAAACUAGCAGUAACAGAGAUUACUACCAACCAAGAAUUGAGGUGAACAAAGAAAUGUAUCCAGACAAUACAGGUCCAGUUCUUUACAAAAUGGGAAUGUGCAUCCAGCCUCUGUACAAUUACGAAGAUCCCAUCGGACUUGCAGAGUGGAUUGAAUACCAUAAAAUAUUAGGAGUUGAGCAUUUCACCUUUUACAACUUGUCAAUUGGGGCAGAAACGUCUAAAUUGUUAUUUUCUUAUGGAAAUCAAAUCAAGAUUAUGCAGUGGACACUUCCAUUCGAUCCAAAACUGAUAAAAUAUUACGGCCAAGUCGUGCAAAUUAAUGACUGCAUUUACCGGUACAGAGGCAUUGCAGAAUUUGUGGGGUUAACCGACGUGGAUGAAUUUAUCGUACCUGGGUCUAAAUACUUGAAUGAUUUUACUUCAUAUCAUAAUCUAUUUCAGGAAAUUUUCUCUGCUUAUGAAAUUUUAAAUCAAAAACCAAUUUCAGCAAUAAUUGUAACUUCUCGGUUUUCCUUUUCGAAUUUUCCACAUAAUUACGACGUGACAUCCUCGUCUGUAUUGUCACAAAAGCUACGUAUCCUGACGUGUACUAAUACGGCAUCAUCGGGCAACUUUAUUUACAAAUCGAAGGUAAUCUUACGCCCGAAAUUAGUCCAAGAAGAAGAAGUUCGUUGGCCAACAGUUGUGGUUUCUGGAACAGAGCAAAUUUAUCUUGACGAGGAGCACGUGCAUUUUAUUCAUUACAGGCCUUGUUCCCAGGAUUAUUUAAAGCUGUAUUGCAUUAAGAAUUGUUCUACUUGUGACAACAUAAAUUAUACUAACGACACAUCAAUUGCUCGACGAUUUGGAGGUAUGUUACUUCAAAAUGUAAAACAAAGACUUGGAUAUUUAUAAAUAGGAUUGGAUGACGGCUACUCAUAAGUACAUAUAUAGCAUGAAUGAUUGUCAGGAAUGAGAGGCAAAACUUUUCAUACUUUCGAAACACAAAUUUAUAUAUGUAUGUAAACGAUAAGUAUCAGAAUAAAAAUUAUAAUGGUUUUGUGGAAAAUUUAA